CCUCUCCGUCUGCGCAGGCGCACGGAAAUGCUGAGGCGCGCGGCUGGACGCGGAGACCGAGAACACUGAGGCGGAGCGGAAGGAGGGUCAGGGGUGUGAUGUGACGGACGCUGCGACCACGUGUUUCCAGGAGAGGAAGGCGGUACGGAGUCACGUGAGCGGUGCGAAGUUUGAGAAGACGUAGAAUGAGUCAGUGGCGGUCGGUGAAACAAGGGGAACUCUGCCUUGCCCACGCUUUUACUUUGUGCUUGACGGACUCGAGAGGCAGUUUAGGACCCGGAACAAGAACGCCGGGCUACAGAAAGGAUGAAGUACCUUCUUGACCUGAUCCUGCUGCUGCCUCUGCUUAUUGUCUUCUGCAUUGAGUCUUUCAUCAAGCGUUUGAUUCCCAAGAAGAAAAAAUCCGUCGCUGGAGAGAUCGUUCUGAUCACCGGAGCUGGUCAUGGGAUUGGAAGACUGACCGCCUACGAAUUUGCCAAACUAAACACCAAACUGGUUCUGUGGGAUAUCAAUAAGAAUGGCAUCGAGGAAACAGCGGCGAAGUGCAGGAAGCUAGGUGCCCAGGUCCAUCCCUUUGUGGUGGACUGCAGCCAGCGGGAAGAGAUUUACAGCGCUGUGAGAAAGGUAAAGGAAGAAGUUGGAGAUGUUAGCAUUCUGGUAAAUAAUGCCGGCGUUGUCUACACUGCAGAUCUAUUUGCUACGCAGGACCCUCAGAUUGAAAAGACUUUCGAAGUCAAUGUGCUUGCACACUUUUGGACCACCAAGGCAUUUCUCCCAGCCAUGAUGAAGAAUAAUCAUGGUCAUGUUGUCACCGUGGCGUCGGCAGCAGGGCACACCGUCGUUCCCUUCCUGCUGGCUUACUGUUCUAGCAAGUUUGCUGCUGUUGGCUUCCACAGAGCCUUGACUGAUGAACUGGCUGCCUUGGGAUGCACUGGAGUCCGAACAUCCUGCCUCUGCCCUAACUUCAUAAAUACCGGCUUCAUCAAGAACCCGAGCACCAAUUUAGGGCCCACCCUGGAACCUGAGGAGGUGGUAGAGCAUCUCAUGCACGGGAUCCUCACUAACCAGAAGAUGAUCUUCGUCCCGGGCUCUAUAGCGCUUUUGACAGUAUUGGAAAGGGUGUUUCCUGAGAGAUUCCUGGACGUUCUAAAGCGCAGGAUCAACGUUAAGUUCGAUGCUGUUGUUGGCUACAAAGAUAAAUGACGCAGACCGCCUGGUUUUCCUGAAAGCUGAAUCACUGGAUUCAAGUUGAUCUCACCAAAUAUUAAUCCAAAUUCUGAUGUUUUUAAUGUUUUCUCUUUAUCUUGUCUCUUCAUUGCCUCCCCUUGAAGCUGUGACCAUUUCCAUGAAAGCCAGUUUCCUGUCAUGGACCCAAACAGCCCUAAGGAAGUUGCUCCUAUGAAGAAGGGGCAGGGACGAUUGGCCUCGUGAUAGCGAUUUCCCCAGAUACUGUAGCUCACCACCGGGUUAUCAGAACUUGAACUGUCACUUUUUACUUAUGGUAUCUGUAACUGUACUUUAGUUUGUUCGAUUCACACUCUCCGCUCCGUCCCGUAUAACGUUAGAAACCUUAACCUCCCCGGGUAGAAUGAAGGACUGAGUCUAGUGUCAUUUCACAGCGGUGUCAUGUGCUCUGAAACAUUCCGUCCCAUGUAUCAGCGCUGUUUCCUGAGACGCCGGCCCAAGGUAGCUUGAAGUAAAAGUGUCUGUGAGAUUUCGGGCUGGGGACAGAUGGACAGGUGGACAGGUGGAAAUAAUAAAUGGACCAAAACUCAUGCUCAGUGUCUCUAUCUGCUGCAAAGAGACCAUGGCUUGACCUCUAAAUAAAAGGAAAAUCAUUAACUUGAUAAA